GGCCGCACGCUCCACGCUGGAGCCCAUAACGCAGGCCGGCAUCAUGCUCAUCGUGGGGGUAGCCAUCGUCCUCGCCAACAUCCUCAUCAUCGCUACCUACCUCUCCUUCCGCGGUCCAUCAGAGAUGAUCAACAUCUAUCUCCUGUCUCUAGCAGUAGCAGACCUUCUCUGUGGCUUAUUCGUAGUUCCACUCUCAGUGUAUUCAGCCUGGCUACAAAACUGGAUCUACGGAGAUUUGGUGUGCCGCUUGAUGGGGUAUCUUGAAGUAACGCUCUGGAGUGUUAAUGUCUUCACCUUCAUGUGGAUAAGUGUUGAUCGGUAUCUGGCAGUGCAAAGACCGCUUCGGUAUGAUACAGUGCAAAAGCGUACCCACUGUCAAUGUUGGAUGGUGUUCACAUGGGUCUCUGCUGCAAUGUUGUGUUGCCCUCCACUGCUGGGAGUCAAUAAGCCACAUUUCGACCGUGAUGCUUUUGUCUGCAUGUUGGACUGGGGAAAUAUGGCUGCCUACUCUAUAACAGUUGCCAUACUGGUGCUAGGCCCCAGUCUCAUCACAAUUGUCUACACAUACUACUACAUAUUUUCCAUGAUGAGAAUGGUGCGAAGUGGUGUCCCAAUACAUGAUAAAGAAUAUGCAUCUGCUCUGACUGAAAACUUGUCUAACCCAAGUCACAUAAUGUCUUUCGUGCUUGUGCUGACAUUUUGGAUUUCAUGGACACCGUAUGCAACAGUCAAGUUCUAUGAGUACUUCACAAACAGCAGGUAUCAGGUGCCAUAUCUACACUUUGUAAUUGUGUGGAUAGGUAUUCUGAACUCUUUCUGGAAAAUAGUGAUCCUCAUCGCUCUGAGCCCACAGUUUCGAUUAGCAGUGCGUGUCUUCUGUAUCAGACUCUGUUGUCGCUACAAAGGCAGACUGCAGGGUGAGUUGAUUGACAUGGAUGAUGAUGAUUAAGACUAUUUGUUGCUUAGUGGUGAAGUGACUACCUUCUUGCUCUGCAGUUGUGUCUGACAGGAAUCAGGUGUUGUGCAGGUGUCUCAGGGAAUGCAUUAUAAUAUAUACAUCUCUGUAGCUAUGUUCUAUUCUGAAAUGGCUCACAGCUGUUUGAGAGAUGGAAGCUAACUUUCAUUUCUUACAUCUUGAUGCAACAACAUUCUAAAUGUCUCUUUUUCAGAAAAAGUCUUGCGAUUAAUAUAUUCCCCUUG